AUGAACGAUUUAUUCAAAGAGAUUGAUGACACUAAUUCAGAUACUUCUAUUAUAGAUUUCAAUUUUGAAUCUGAUGAUGAAGAAAUUAUACAUAAAAAUGAUUAACCUAUUUAAGAAAUUUAAGAUUAAGUAGAAAUUGUUAAUCAAGAAGAAUAAAUCAUUUUAGAGAAAGGUUCAUCAAUUUAAGUUUAAUAAAAUUACUAAGAACAAAAUACCUUUGAAUUAUAAGGAGAAUAAAAUGUGAUUUCUUUACCAGUAUAACAUAAUCAUUUAAAGCCAAAACUAAUAAAAUACAAAUAACCUAGAGAAUGUAAUUUACAAUAAGGUUUUCAAAUUUUAAAGACAUUUGGAUAUUUUGCUCAUACUUCAUACAAAAAUGUAUAAUAGAAGAAAGAACAAGCAAUUUAAAAAAUUACAAAUUAUAUAAUUUCAGGGGUUGAAAAGAUAAAAAGAUUAUGA